UGACUACCUCCAACCACCAUCUAAUCUCAACGCAUACUAAGUACGUUAUGUCAGUAUGCAAAAAGAACAGUGAUGAUCCAACUCUAAAGUACUUUUUCGUGAGAUAUGUCUGUACAUAUAUGUCGUACAUAUACGUCCAUAUAUGGACGUAAACGCAGUUCGUCAGAGUCAGAUGCUUGCGUUCAGGAUGUAGAUGAUGAUAGUAAUAAUCAUUCUUCUGAAGAGCAUACAACUUCUAACUCGCCAACACAACCUAGGCAAAGGAGACGACGCCGGUCAUCUACGUAUGCCUUAAUUCAAAUGAAUUUAUCCUUCUGGUCGAAAUAUUGCAAUUGUCAAUCAGUAUUUUCGGUCCGGGCAGUAAAUGGUGAGUUGAAACUCACCUCUAUUAAAAUCGUGCACAACCAUCCUUGCACAGAAGGAUAUAUUUCUGUCGAUCCGUCGAAACGACAGUUGACCUCAAGUGAACGCUUGUAUUUAAGAACGUUUCUACUGAGUAAUACACCAACUCGUAGCUUACGGUAUCUGGUUUCUUGGAAGUUCAAUAAACAGCUUACAAAGGACGAUAUCGCCAGAAUGCGUUCACAGUUGUACCCAGGUUGUUGAACUCACAUUGUAAUUAAUUGAGUUUAGACACUAAAAAUAUCAAUGACAUUUUACAGCGCGUUCAAGCAAAUACUGAAGUUAAAGUAUUCAAUGAAAAUGGGAACAUGUCUAUGAUUUGCUUCAGCCGCAGAGAGCAAAUAGCUGUUUACCACGCGUUCCCGGAGGUAAUAUGUAUUGAUUCGACUUAUCAGACUAAUAAAGUCGGGUAAGUAACGAUUAGUAAUAAAUUUAUAUGAAAGUUUUCCACUGUUCCAGC